UCAUGACCUUUGAACUAAACGCUGAAUCUCGGGUGAGAAUUUAGAAAUUCGAUGGUCAGCAACAGGAACGAUCAACAUGGUUCAACACAUGGAGGCAUGCGGAUCAACUGUUCAAUGCUUGCAAUGGUGUAGCUGACGCUGGACUUAAACUGUUCGUCAAGGUUAUAAACGGAAGUUCUUUGCGUGAAGCUACCCGCGGACCUGGCGUGCUGCCUGGCGGUGGAGCUCAGCAGGUCCCCCGCCUACACAAGACACUUCACCCGGUGGCUCACACGGACUCACGUGCGGAGACAAAACUAUAACACCCGCUGUGUCAUAGUCGACAUGGUGUCAUGGAACGUCAAUCAAGAAGGACAACCACAUUUAGUCACAGCCGACCAAGAAAUUAUCAAGAAUAUGCAGCUGCUGCAACUGCAAGGAUCUGCAAGCAGCUUUUCAAACUCAGAGUCAGAAAAAAUUCUCUCCGUUUGUGUGACGUUGAAGGAUUCAGACACGACUGUGCCGGUGGUGUUACAACUACAGGAACCUAUCAACACUGGCACACAACGGGACUUGUGCUGGAGUAAAAGGCUGCAUCCCCUGGUGACCCAGAAGAUCCAUCUAGAGAACCUGUUCUCCUACCUGUGCACCCUGGGAGGUGCCUACUCUGCUAUGGGGGACUACAACUCUUACCACGCUGACCAGGCUACGCUGGUGUCCCUGCGACAGCUGAAGAUUGCAUGCACAUUAGGGGACCCAGUCCUGUUGUCCUGCUGUUGUCUGUGGUACGCCAUCAGCUUAAUGCAGAAAGGACACUUCAAACAAGCCCAACACAUUGUCAGUAAGCAGUACCAGUUUUCCAAGACCUCUUCAGCGGGCUGUAACCAGCGGCUGCAGAAGAUGUGCCAGGGGAUCUGGAACAAGCUAAAAGCCAUGAAGACAGUCACACAGACCAACCACCGCUCGGCGCUAUAACCAACACAUUCUGCUAAAUAUACAGUUAACAUACUAUUAGGUGUCAUGUCAAUAGGACUUGAAAUACUCUUGGUGCAUGUGCACUCAUGGCUCGGAGAUCUUCGGAGCUUUGUGGGAGCUUUUAACAAACUUCAGUAACACCAACGGAAAGUUGGACAAAAAGGCGUACAACUCAAGCAGUGGUGGGAAGGGUUCAUUUGAUGCCCUCGCGGCACAACAAAGUCGUAUCCAUAUGAUGUGAAUAUUGCUGUGCAGUGAAUAAGUAAGAUUCAAUACAUACCAAAACCAAAUACCAAAACAGAGUGUCCUUUUCACAUCCCCUAAAGCUCCGAAAAUAACAUACAAGAAAAUUAUGAUUUGAAAGAGAAAUGAUAUAAAAAAGUAGAAAUGCACUCGUGUUUACAUCUUACUUCACCCUGUUGGAUUGACGUAUUGUUUUUUGCCUGUCCACAUUUCUGGCAUACUUGUACUGGGGCUCUUGUACAUAGAAUGUUGGGAAGAUUGUGUGUCUCAUAAUUCGUAAUGCCAAGUAAUAAGCCCUUCACAUUUCACAUCAUACAGCACUAGCAUUGUGGGAAGUUUAAACAAUUUCCUAUCCCCACUGCGCACUCAUUGGAUCAUCCUUGAUAAUGAUUAAGUUAUGGGGAUAGUGCCGAAGUUGCGCGGCAAAGACGGAACCCUUGCCAGCUGUUAAACAAAUAUAAAGAAAGGUGGGUGGGUGGGUCGGUUUCAUUUUUCUGAUAAAUCCCCUCCUGGGGAAAACCCCGUUUCCCACCGAAUCUCCCUCCAGCUGUUACUUCCUGGGUCGACCUCACCACGCGCUCCUCGGCGUUGCGGAUGGAUCCAACAAAGAGGCAGUAGGGUGAUCAUCCCUUGUACUUAUAUAGUAGUGAGGAUCAUGUGAUUCAGGAUAAGCCAAUGAGCGCGCAGUGAAGAUAAGAAACUUAUUGAGUUAGAAACUGCCCUAGAGGGCCCAGGACUUCUCACUGCGAUGAGAGACAGACUGUUCUGGAAAUCAGACUUUACUUGCUGCACCUCAAAACAGAGGAUGAAUAAUGAUGAUGAUGUGGGAAGUUUCUUUUUCAUAAAACUAUUGUGGGUAAAUUCAUGAUAUAACGUGUAACAACACUUAGGUACAGUAAUGUCACAUAGUACAGGCCUAAGUGGACCUGAGACUGCAUCAAGAAAUUAAGACUCAAGAAAUGCCCACACUUCAUAUUUUUACCCACAUUCUGUAGAGGACACAUUUAUUAUUUACAUUUAUACCCAAAACCUACUUCAUAACAAGCUAUUAUUUCAUACAUGUACAUAUUGCAUCACACAUUGCAACACGUAAACUACCAUUAUACAAAACUCGCAUCUGUUAUGAGAAGUGUUGGAAUCGGGGUGAACAGUCCUCAAAUAUUCAUUUUUCAAUUGUGUAGACAGUUUGGGAUGGCACGAACACUAGUACUUGUGCUGACAUGCAAGGUUGCUAAGUUUCUACUGUCACAAAGGUCCUAUACCAGCACUGCUGGUCUAGUCCACCAAAUGGCAUCAUGCCUGUACCUUGACGACUUCUAGGAGCGCUGGACACACAUUUUUUUGGGGAGCGAUAACUUGUGAUAUUCAAUAUUUUGAUUCCUUAAAGUUUUUGCUCUUUCAAGACGUUGACAGAAAACAGGCCUAUAGCUGAAAACGAUUUCCUGGCCCAUGUUUAGGAUCACAAAUUAGCACUUCCCCAAGAAAAUAGAUACCAGCGCCCAUAGAAGUAUGCAAAGGGGGCUUUUUUGGACACAAUUAUUACUGAUUUAGUCAACAGGUAAGCCUGCAUGGACAGAUAUGUCAUAUAUAUGAUACUUUUGAUCAUUUUGAUUGUCACGUUUUUGGUAAAUAACAUGGGAUAUCACACUCUUUCACCAGCAUAGCAGUUCUCUCCACUUAGUGACAGUUGCAGACUAUCAAACACUGGGAAGUCAACAUUUAUGUACAGAAGUGCAGAUGCUAGAUAGCAAUAACAUUGAAUAUUUGGAUGUGAGGUACUAAUAACAAGUUUUUAAUAUGCAACUUGAGACUGUAGUAUUGUCUGAAGUUGGCACAGUUUGCACUAUAUGUAUAUGUACAUGUACACAGCUGGAAACACAUUGCGAGGUCCUCAAAUUACACCAAUAGCAUUUCUGAUUAUGUCUUCGUGCUGCAACGAAACCAGUUCAUUCUAUGCAUUCAAGAUAUCAAUACAGAUUCUUCAGAAAACAUCAGAGUUUUGGACGGAGAAUCAGGCAUGUCCACUU